AUGCCCGCCGGCAGCGGCGACGGCAGCGCCAGCAACAUGAGCCUCAAACUUCCUCUGCGCCCGAGCCCCGGCACCAGCAACGGCAGCCGCCGCAACCAGGAGAGUCGCAACUACUUUACGAGCUACACCCCGCCGAGCUCGACGGAAGCCAUCAACGGGCCGGUGAGGGAGCCGGCGAGGGACCAAGCCGUGGUCUCCGAUCGCUUGAUCGUCGGCGUCGACUUUGGCACCACCUUUUCCGGCGUCGCCGCCGUCUACACGUCGACGCCCGAUGACAUCGAGAUCAUCAAGACGUGGCCUGGAGGCAACGGCAUCACCUCGGACAAGGUACCGACGGAGAUUGCCUACGACUUUGCCGCCAACGCGUCGCCGGGGUCCGAUCCGACGGUGAAAUGGGGCUUCCAGUUCCGGCCCGAGGAGUCUCGGCUCCGCUGCAUCAAGCUCUUCCUGGAUAGGUCCCAGAAGCUGCCCUUUUACGUGAGCCCUCUCGACACGGCCGCCCAGCUGAAGCGCUUCGGCAAGACGGUCGUCGACGCCGUGAGCGAGUACCUGACGGAGAUUUACGAGCACACCAUGGACACCCUCACCCGCCGCUACGGCGAGUCCUUCAUGGCGUCGACCAAGGUCGACUUCGUCCUGACCUGCCCCGCCGUCUGGAGCGACGCGGCCAAAAACACGACGCUCCUCGCCGCCGAGCGGGCGGGCAUGGGGAGCCGGUCCGACAUCCAGAUGAUCAGCGAGCCCGAGGCGGCGGCCGUCUACACGCUCAAGGCCAUCCAGCCGAACCACCUCAACGUCGGCGACAACUUCAUCGUCUGCGACGCCGGCGGCGGCACCGUCGACCUCAUCGCCUACAAGAUCAUGUCCCUGAAGCCUCUGCGCGUCGAGGAGUCGGCCGUCGGUACCGGCGGCCUCUGCGGGAGCGCCUUCCUCAACUACAGGUUCGAGGAGCACGUCCGCAACCGGCUUGGCCAGGCUCGCUUCGACGAGAUGAAGACGCGCAAGGGCCGCACCUGGCAGAUGGGCCUCAAGUACUUUGAGGAGUUUGUCAAGCGAAACUUCAACGAGGACGAGUACCAAGAGGUCAACGUUCCGUUCCCGGGCUUGCCCGACGACGAAGAGGCCGGCCUCGAUUCCGGCUUCCUCAUCAUGACGGCCGCCGAGGUCAAGAACAUAUUCGAACCCGUCGUCAAGGAGGUGACGGACCUCGUGAGCGGCCAGGUCGAGAGCCUGCGGGCCAAGGGAGGCGUCGUCUCGGGCAUUGUCCUCGUCGGCGGCUUCGGCCAGAGCAACUACCUCUACCGCCGGCUGAAGCAGCACUUUGCGAGCGCCGCCCCGCCCCCCUACAGCGAGCGGCCGACGCACGCCGGCGCGAGCGCGACGCCCGACGUGGCGUCCAUCGAGGUGAUGCAGCCCGUCUACGCCUGGACCGCCGUCGUCCGCGGCGCCGUCCUGAGAGGCUUGGAGGGCAACAUGGUCAUCUCGCGAAAGUCGAGGAUGCACUACGGAACCUCGUACGCGACCGUCUACGACGAGGAGAAGCAUUCCGUCAGCGAGCGGUACUGGUCCCCGCUGUGGGAGCGGUGGAUGGUCUCGGACCGCAUGCAGUGGCACAUUGCCAAGGCGGAAGCCCUGUCUCCCCUGUCACCCAUCGCCUUCCACUACACGCGCAACUUCCGACCGGGCCAGUCGCUGAUGGUGACGGACGACCUCAUCGCCUGCGACUCGGACGAGCCGCCGGCGGCCUACACGCGGGACCUCGUGCACGUCUGCACGCUCACGACGGAUCUCAACGCCGUGCCGCGAAGCCUCUUCACGCGGCUGACGACGACGCGGGGCGUCGAGUUUGACAACCUCGAUUUCACCCUCGAGAUGAUUGUCGACAGCGCCGGGCUCGGCUUCGAACUGAAGGUGGACGGCAUGCGGUACGGCCGGGUCGAGGCCGAGUUUCACUGA